AUGAAGGGAGACGAAAUAGCAGUGUCAUUUGGCAGUGGAAGCCUAUCAGCCUUUUUGCAAGUGCUGUUGCAACUGAUGUUGACGCCCACCAUGCGCUAUUUGGUGUACAUGAACGACGCGCAUGGAACUUGGAGAAAGGCCAGAAAAUUGCUCCACAAAAUGCACACUGUCUUGGACAUUGCAGAGAUGCAGCCUGUUCCCGACCCACUCAUGCUCAUUUGGCUACGUGAACUCAAGAUGGUCGUUUAUGAGACUGAGGAUGCACUUGAACAGUUCACCAUGGAAGGCGACAUGGCUGCUGUGGCACAAACUGGAAAAUGGAUCUUUGAGCUUAUCAUCACGAAAGCCCAGAAAGGCAUUGCUGAUUUGGGAGCAGCCGCCAAGUUCGACAAGAUCGCCGAGAAGUUGCAAGAAGUUUCCAAUGAGCCGUGGGACUUGCUAAAGUCCCAUCAUGCACCGGGCAACAGAUCCAUUGGCCUUUGCUUAAAUCAAUUGCGUGCUACUAGUUCUUUGUUGGCAGAAAGAAAUGUCAUCGGCCGAGAAAAGGAGACGAACGAGAUCAUUGAAUUGUUAGUGCCAUCCUCUCGGCCUUUACAGGGAUCAUUAGCUGUUAAUGGUGGGGAUGGUCAGAUAAAGGAGGUCCCUGUGCUUCCCAUUGUUGCCAUGGGUGGGCUUGGAAAGACGACGCUGGCUCAGCUCAUCUAUAACCAUACCAAAGUUCAGAGUCAUUUCAAGCUAGAGAUCUGGGUAUGUGUCUCUGACAAUUUCAACAUCAAGAGGAUCACUGAAGAAAUCCUAGAGUCUGCCUUCCCCAACAAUCACAAGUACUCGGAAAUCCUGAACUGGAAUAAACUCCAGAUGCUUCUGAAAAGCAACUUGGGAUCCGAGCGCUUCUUUCUGGUCUUGGACGACGUUUGGUGUGAAGAUCGCUUGGAGUGGGACAUUUUGAUGGCUCCACUGAGAUUGGGGAAAGAAGGUAGUAGAAUCCUUAUCACCACUCGGAGCAAGAAGGUUGCUCAGCUUGUGGGCACCAUGAAUCCCAUCUUCCUGGAACCCCUGAGAAAGGAACAUUCAAGGAAGCUCUUUGAGGAAGUUGCUAAUUUGGGCUCCACUAGUGAUGUCAAGCCAAGGGUGCGAGAGAUUUGCUGGAACAUUGCGGACAAACUCAAUGGCGUGCCACUUGCAUUGAAGACAGUCGGAAGCCUAGUUCACUCAAAUUCAGAUGAAAAUGUUUGGGUGAAUGUCUCAAACAGUGAGAUAUGGAGGUUGCCGCAGCCUGAAUAUGGCAUUAUGCCAGCUCUCAAAGCAAGCUACAAUCAGUUGCCGGGGCAUCUCAAGUUGUGCUUCGCCUUCUGCUCCGUCUUCCCCAAAGGCUUCCAGAUCAACAAGCGCAACUUAGUACAGCUGUGGAUUGCCCAACAAUAUGUUCAACCACAAGGGAAGAAGGCACUUGAAGAAAUUGGAGCUGACUACUGUGAAGAUCUAUGUGAUCGGUUUUUUUUUAUGAAAGCAAACUCUGUAACAACUUCUUCUACUGACAUGAUUUUCAUGCAGGAUCUUAUGCAUGACCUGGCGAAGUAUGUUUCUCAUGAGCACAUUAUGAUUACAGAUGACAAGGUGAAAAUCCUUGACCCUGAGAAGCUGAUCCAUUGCUCAUUGUAUGUAAGUGAGAUACUGGAGUCAUCUCCGUUACUCUGCUGCACACGCUUGCGUACUCUUAGAUACACAAUGGUAGGCUCUGAUCUCCAGCGGCUUGAUUUGCUUCUCAAGCUCUCAUCACUGCGAGUGCUGGAUUUGAGCGCCAGUGGCAUCACAGAGUUGCCAGAGUGCAUAAAUAAACUGAUACACCUCAAGUACUUGGAUCUCUCAAGAACUCUAAUUAAAGCAUUGCCUUCACAAGUUGGAGAUCUCUACUAUCUUCAGACUAUGAGGUUAAUUGCUUGCCCCAUUACAGAAUUGCCAUUUACGGUGAACAAGUUGAUUAACUUGAGAACCUUAGAUGGAAAAUCUGAGUUACUUUCAACAAUGAGUCGAAUCAGAAACAUGAUUUCGUUACUAGAGUUACCAGAGUUUAAAGUCCAACAUCAAGAUGGUCAUAAGUUGGAAGAGUUGAAAAGGAUGAAUGAGCUCAGAGGGGAGCUUCACAUCUCCGGACUGGAAAAUGCACAGGAUGGUAUUGAGGCAAGGGAAGCAAUGUUAAGUAGUAAGCAGUACUUGAACACACUGGAGUUGGAGUGGGAUGCUGUUGUUGCUGCUGCAAGGAAUGGUGCACUGCAACAAGAAGUACUCCAACAACUUGAGCCACAUUCAAACCUGAAGGUAUUGAAAAUCAUAGGUAACAAUGGCAUGGAGUUUCCUUCUUGGUUGGCUGGCCAACAUCUAUGCAAUUUGGAGGAGAUUAUCUUGGUUGGAUGCCGAAAUUGGAACUCUCUCCCUCCUUUUGGAGGACUAAGUUACCUAAGGGUUUUAGAGAUCAGAGACAUGCAAGGAGUUAAGAAGUUGCAUGAUGAGUUUUGGGGAGACAAAGACUUUCCAUAUCUAGAGAAGCUUCAAAUAUCCAAUUUGAGUAACUGGGAUGAAUGCCAAUUAUCACAAGGUACUUUGCAACUUUUCCCUUCUCUAAAACUGCUUGAGAUCACUGACUGUCCAAAACUGAAGGCAUGGCCGGUUCUCCCUCUUACGCUCAGUGAAGUAACCUUGUCAAGUGUAGGGCUAACUGCUCUUCCACCACAACCACUAUCAUCAUCAUCAUCAUCAUCAUCAAAGCUUUCACGUCUGUGCAUUUUAAACUGCCCCAAUCUUACAACCCUGGAGGAGCUAUCUCAACACCAACCAAGCUCCCUAAAGAUGUUGGAUAUUAUCGGAUGUGAAAAGCUUGAAUCUCUAACAUCACAAGGGUCUUCAGCUCUUCACUCACUAGAUACUUUGAAAGUGGACAACUGCCCUGGGCUCACCUCCCUCCCUACAACCACAAAUGGAGGUCCUUCUUCAUCAAAUGCUAUCUGCAAUCAGCCUCUCCUGUUCCAGAUUUACAACCUCAACUCUCUUACAUUUUUAUCUAUAUCAAACUGCAAUAACCUUGAAUUCCUUUCAGGAGAAGGAUUGAAGCAUCUUAAGGCUCUUCAAACGUUAAGCAUCAAUGGGUGCUCAACUUUGAAAACAGUGGGAACUCAGUCUCUCAGCUGCAUCAUCAACCUAGUGAUCAAGAACUGCAAUGAGCUCAAGCACUUGACUGAUAAUAACGACCCCUUCCAGAGAUUCAUCCCUGUCAGAAGUAUCACCAUCGAGAGGUGUCAAGAACUUGAGUCCUUGCCGUUGGGUAUGCAGUGCCUUGCAUCAUUGGAAGAAUUAUGGCUGGACCGGUGCAGAAAGAUGAACUCCUUGCCUGACCAACCUCCCUCACUGAAGAAAAUAGACAUCAAAGGUUGUCCUGAUCUAAUGAAAUAUCACAACGGAAGCACAGAUCUUCGGAGCAUCGUCAGUAAUGCAAAUGUUCUCGUAACAAUUGAGUAG